UCAUCAACCCGCACGUGUACGAUAUCCUACGUACUGUGUUGACGUGUUGUAGUACUUAAGUAUUAUACUAUAGUAUUUUGUACAUUGUACAUAUAUGUACCACGUCAUGUUAUUGAAUGAUCAACAAAGGCACCUGUUUGAAUAUUGUCGCUGUCCAGUGUGAGUGAUACAAUAUGGCGAAAGGAUUUGGAAUCAGAGUUAUUUCGUCUCAGAUCAGUACUCAGACAUACGUGUCAAUCCGUUCAUCACCUUUAUUACUUGCGACAUUCCAAGAGCAAAUUGAUUUAAUUCGUCAUAGUAUAGAUAAAAGAAUAUAUGUUAAGAUGCCCUGUGGCCGAGAAAUACGUGGUCUGCUUUAUGCUUUUGAUCAGUAUUCACAAAACAUGGUGUUAGUAGAUGCUGAAGAGACUAUUACGACAGUUGAAGUUGAUGAAGAAACAUUUGAAGAAGUAUAUAAGACUACUAAACGUCGUUUACAUAGGUUGAUUCUUAGAGGAUGUAGUGUUCUACUUGUGUCUCUUUCUACUACUACAUCAUAAUGUAUUUUCAUUUAUCAUUUAUAUAAUACUACAUAA